AUGGCUAGGGACAUUACGUCGUUUGCCGCCGAGGCCUUUACCCUCCUCUCGGUGGGUAUCAUGGUCAUUAUCCUCCGCACAUACGCCCGUAUCCGACAAGUGGGCAUCCGCAACUUCGAGGCCGACGAUUACCUGAUGCUGCUGGCGAUUAUACCCUACUCGAUCGAGACGGCCCUCGCGUAUACGGUCAGUGCAAAGUACCACGGAUACACCAACAGUGCCAUGACGGACGAGGAGCGAGCGUCCCUAUCCCCAGACAGCGAGGAAUACGCGUGGAGGGUUGGCGGAUCCAAGAUCCAGGUCGCCGGUUGGGCCAUGUACGCGUCUGUUCUAUGGGUCAUCAAGGGUGCGCUGUGCGCAUUCUACUUUCGACUCACGUCUGGACUUGCCAAUUACAAGAUCCGAAUCCACAUUGGCUUUGGCCUGAUCAUCGCGACCUAUAUCGUCAUCAUCUGUUGCAUUUUGUUCAGCUGCCAUCCGUUCCACCGCUUUUGGCAGAUCAAUCCUGACCCAGGAAACCUCUGCCAAGCUGCCUCCUCAAAGCUUUACAUCUUCAUUAUAGUUGUUCUCAACAUCGUCACCGACACAUAUCUCCUUCUCAUUCCACUUCCCAUGUUAUGGGGUGCCCGCAUUCCGACGGUCAAAAAGUAUGGCCUCGUGGUACUCUUCUCUGGUGGAAUCUUUGUCAUGGUCGCUGGUCUGCUACGAUGCAUUCUUAUUCUCAAGAACCCCCGCACUGGACCUCAAGAAGGAUCCUCGUGGGCUGUCCGAGAGUCAUUCGUCGCUGUCGUCACGUCCAACCUGCCAAGCACAUGGGGAUGGAUGCGACAGAAACUCAAGCCCCUAUUCGGUUCUCUCCUAUCAUCAAACAACACGAGCACCAAGUAUAAGGGAGGACCCGAGCCUGGAAGCAUCAUGCUUGGAGAUCAAGGUGGAUCGGGCUGGAGAAGCCAUAACGGACGGUCACUCAAGUCUGGUACCAGGAACCAGAGUGUCCAUGAUCGCAACAUCUUCAUACAUGCUGGGGAAGCCAGUUCGGAUGAGAUUAUUCCGUCGCGGCAUGACGGUAUCACCAAAGAGGUCGAGUUUACCGUUUCAGCGAGCACGGCGAGAUGA